AUGAUCGCCCAAAUCCCCCACCACCUGGGGCAGCUGCUCUCGCAGACACAUGUUUCUACAGACCGUCACCACCUGGAACCCACGUCGAGGGUGUCCUUGCCUACCAGCCAUGCCCCAGAGGAGACAGCAGUGCCCGUAGCUGCCCGGCUGACCUGCGGGGGUUGCCCGCGAGAGCAGACCUUCCGGCCUCCCGUCCAGGAAUCCCCAUCACACCGACAACACACUGGUGAAGUACCCACAGCUAACCGCCAACUCCCCGAGGAGCUGGGCACUCAGCGUCCACACACGACUCUCCGCCCACGCUCACACUCGGGCUUGGCCCCUCCCUCACAAACGCCCUACGGCAGGGCGGUAGAGACCGCACUACCCCACACGUGCGAACACACGUGCCACACUCCCGGCGGACAAGCUCCCGCGGCCCCACCUGUGCUCCGCUCGCCUGGCGGCCCCGCGCCCUCGGAGGGGAACCACGACGGCCCCUCGCCACCCGCCCACCGCACCCUCCAGGCCCCCGAAGCCCGACCGCCGGGACGCACAUCCAGACGCGCGGCCGCCCGGGACCCCGCUGCCGACGCCGACACGCCCGAGAACCCGCCUCAGAACCGCCGGGUCGAGACGCCGGGGCGCAGACCCCAGACCCGCCGCCGCCCGGGACCCCGCUGCCGACGCCGACACGCCCAAGAACCCGCCUCAGAACCGCCGGGUCGAGGGGUGGGGCGAGAACCCAGACCCGCCGCCCGGGACCAAUUUGCCGACGCCGACACGCCCAAGACCCGCCUCAGAACCACUGGGUCGAGAUGCCGGGGCGCAGACCCCAGACCCGCCGCUGCUGCUCGGGACCAAGUUGCCGACGCCGACACGCCCAAGAACCCGCCUCAGAACCACUGGGUCGAGACGCCGGGGCGCAGACCCCAGACCCGCCGCCCGGGAUCAAUUUACCGAGGCCGACACGCCCAAGAACCCGCCUCAGAACCGCCGGGUCGAGAUGCCAGGGGAAGACCCCAGACGUACAGCCGCCCGGGACCCCGCUGCCGACGCCAACUCCCAGAACCGGUCUCAGCCCCGCACGGUCCACACCCGCACACCGCCCGAAACACUCGCGCGCCAGCUCACCGUCGCGACGGCGGUCGCCGAGCGUCCACGCGGCCGGUUGCUACGUGA